AUGUACGCCUACACUCCCGACGUCUACAUGCAGCAAGCGUCGCCGUCCUACCCAGUGAUGAAUUCGUCGAGCUCUUCUGGCUACUCUGGGUCGCCAAUGGGUACUCCAAUGGCAUCUCCGAGCUUCCCAAUGGCAGGAUCCUUCCUUCAGGGACCACAUCACAUCCCCCAGCAGCCACAGCCCCAGCAAUUACAACAAGUUCAGCAGCAGCAACAACAGAUUCGAGGAUUCGAGGAAGCAAUGAUCGCCCAACAAUACUUUGCCUGGUACGGACACAUGACCGCUAUGCAAGCCGGUGCAUUCCCAGCUUCUGCUUGCCACCCACACCAAUUCUACCAUCCCUACAGUAUGACACCAGCCCUACAAGCUGCUGCUGCUUCUGAUGCCAGACCCGGACAAUCCGCACGUCUCCCAUUCUCCAAAUCCCAACUCGCAGCUCUAAACGAGCGAUUCGACAAGAGCGACAGUAUCAAAGUUGAUGAGCGUCGCGAGAUGAGCAAGAGGAUCGGACUCAGUGAGGUACAGAUCAAGGUCUGGUUCCAGAAUCGACGAUUCAAGUUGAGAAAGAUCAAGAAGGCGCAGAUGGAGAUGGCUCAGAUGGGAGGGCAGCAGACGCAUCAGGAUGACACUAUGGAUAGUGAGGGCGAGGAGGAUGCCGACGAAUAG